AUGGGUCGAGAAGUAAUCUCUGGCCACCGUGCCCGGGCGCCUUUCCACGAGUGCCGCACCGAGACCCCGAGCGCCCCACGCAAGCACCCACCCACCCACCCGCCUCCCCGGAUUGCCGCUCCUCCCUCCUUCCUCGCUGGUUGGCCCAGGCGCUGCAGAGAUCGGCAGCAGGAGGAGCCGGGCGCGCCCGCCGCCACGCAAAACCGCCGCGCUCGCCGGCCGGCCGGGAGAACUCAACAAUGUUCCUUUUCUAUCCUACUUUUUGUUUUAGGCAUCACCAUAGGAGUCUUAGUUCGAGAAUAUAGCAAGCUCUCAAAUCUGGAGAAAUUCUACUUUGCUUUCCCUGGAGAAAUUCUCAUGAGGAUGCUGAAACUCAUCAUUCUGCCAUUAAUUAUAUCCAGCAUGAUCACAGGUGUUGCUGCACUGGAUUCCAAUGUAUCUGGAAAAAUUGGUCUGCGUGCUGUGGUAUAUUACUUCUGCACAACCAUCAUUGCUGUAAUCUUAGGUAUUGUGUUGGUGGUGAGCAUCAAGCCUGGUGUCACCCAGAAGGUGACAGAGAUCAACAGGGUAGGAAGCACUCCUGAAGUAAGCACAGUGGAUGCGAUGUUAGACCUGAUCAGGAAUAUGUUUCCUGAGAACCUUGUCCAAGCCUGUUUUCAGCAGUACAAAACCAAGCGUGAAGAAGUGCAACCUCCCACUGAUCCUGUGAGGAAUGUUACAGAGGUGUCUGUCACCACCACUAGGACCACACUGGCCGAGAACAAAACAAAGGAAUACAAAAUUGUAGGCAUGUAUUCAGAUGGUAUCAAUGUCCUGGGCUUGAUUAUCUUUUGCCUUGUCUUUGGACUUGUCAUGGGAAAUAUGGGAGAAAAGGGACAAAUUCUGGUGGACUUCUUCAAUGCUUUGAGUGAUGCUACUAUGAAAAUUGUUCAGAUCAUCAUGUGUUACAUGCCAUUGGGUAUUUUGUUCCUAAUUGCUGGGAAGAUCAUAGAAGUUGAAGACUGGGAAAUAUUCCGAAAGCUGGGACUUUACAUGGCCACUGUCCUGAGUGGGCUUGCAAUCCACUCCAUUGUAGUUCUCCCACUGAUAUAUUUUAUAGUUGUACGGAAGAAUCCUUUCCGAUUUGCCAUGGGCAUGGCUCAGGCUCUCCUGACCGCUCUUAUGAUCUCUUCCAGUUCAGCCACACUGCCAGUCACUUUCCGAUGUGCCGAGGAAAAGAAUCAGGUGGACAAGAGGAUUACUAGAUUCGUGCUACCUGUUGGUGCCACAAUCAACAUGGAUGGGACUGCGCUCUACGAAGCAGUGGCAGCUGUGUUCAUUGCUCAGUUGAAUGACUUGGACUUGAGCAUUGGGCAGAUCAUCACUAUCAGCAUCACAGCCACAGCUGCUAGCAUUGGAGCUGCCGGUGUGCCUCAGGCGGGCCUGGUGACCAUGGUGAUCGUGCUGAGUGCGGUGGGUCUGCCUGCAGAGGAUGUUACCCUAAUCAUCGCUGUCGACUGGCUCCUGGACCGGUUCAGGACCAUGGUCAAUGUCCUUGGUGAUGCAUUUGGGACUGGCAUUGUGGAAAAGCUCUCUAAGAAGGAGCUGGAACAGAUGGAUGUUUCCUCUGAAGUCAACAUUGUGAACCCUUUUGCCUUGGAAUCCACAGUACUGGACAGUGAAGACUCAGACACCAAGAAGUCAUAUGUCAAUGGAGGCUUUGCAGUGGACAAGUCAGACACCAUCUCGUUCACCCAGACGUCACAGUUCUAGAGCACCCCGCUGCAGAUGACUGGAGUGAUGGACAGGUCCAUGAGAGUCAUCUCUUAGCAAGCUCAACAUUCAGGAACAGAAAACCGCUGAUGGUCAAUUGUGUUUUUAACUUGAGAAACAGAAGACCAGAUUAUUUUCUACCUUUGGCUUGAUAGCCUCUGCUCGCUAGAUUUCAGAAUUAGGGAGUGUGGUAAGAUGAAACAUCAUCAAAUAAUGUAGAAGUUGUAUUAUCCGGGUUUUGAAAAUUCUAUAAAACCAAGUUUGAAAGUGUAUAAAGUACUAACUUGAAAUCAGUAAUUAAUGUCAAAGAGAAAUUGCUUUCCCAUACACAGACCAGUUUGGGGAUAUAUAUAU